AUGCCUCUCAACGACUCUACCAUUCGCGACAAUACUGAGGGCACCACCUACGAAGCAAUUCAUGCUGAGCGGUCUCAUGUGCAUCGCGAUGUCGACAGUAUUUCUACUACUAGCGACGACCGCGAGCACUCGGAACGUUAUCCCGAGAAAGGCUUUAGCAACGUAAGUGGCGGUGUCAAUGUCGAGCGCGCCGAGGCCGAAUUCGCAGAGCUCAGCAAAGAGCUAUCACGCACCAGCCAGGUCUCGCGCCGGCUCAGUCGCGUCCAAAGUCGGCAGAGUCGGAGAGACCACGCCAUUGCCGAUGUAGAGAAGACGGCGCCUGAGUCCGAGGCCUCGUCUGAGGAAGCAUUUGACUUGCAAACCGUACUGCGGGGCAAUAAGGAUGAGGAAGAAGCAGCAGGGAUCAAGUCGAAGCACAUUGGUGUUGUGUGGGAUAAUCUAACCGUCAGUGGGAUUGGCGGUGUCAAGAACUAUGUCAAGACAUUCCCCGACGCGUUUGUUUCUUUCUUCAACGUCUACGAAACAUGCAAAACCCUUUUCGGCCUCGGAAAGAAGGGCAGGGAAUUCGACAUUCUCAAGAACUUCAAGGGCGUCGCGAAGCCAGGUGAAAUGGUCCUUGUACUCGGAAAGCCUGGAUCCGGAUGCACGACGUUCCUCAAAGUUAUCAGUAACCAGCGGUACGGAUACACGAAGGUCGAUGGAGAAGUGCUGUAUGGCCCUUUCGACAGCAAAUUCUUUGAGAAGCGAUAUCGUGGAGAAGCCGUGUAUUGUGAAGAGGACGAGAAUCACCACCCCACACUUACGGUCGGCCAGACUCUGGACUUCGCAUUAGAAACAAAAGUUCCUGGCAAACGCCCAGCCGGGCUAUCCCGCCAGGAUUUCAAAGAAAAAGUUAUUGAUUUAAUGCUGAAAAUGUUUAAUAUCGAGCACACCAAGGAUACAAUUGUCGGUAACCCCUUCGUUCGUGGUAUCUCGGGCGGAGAGCGAAAACGAGUAUCGAUCGCAGAAACAAUGGUGACUGGUGCAUCUGUAAUCUCUUGGGAUAAUUCUACUCGGGGCCUAGAUGCAUCUACUGCUGUCGACUACGCACGAUCUCUGAGGGUGUUGACAAACAUUUACAAAACUACCACUUUCGUGUCUCUGUAUCAGGCCUCCGAGAACAUCUACGACGUCUUUGAUAAGGUUCUUGUGAUUGACAGUGGGCGAUCUGUCUACUUUGGACCGGCAAAGGAAGCGAGAGCCUACUUUGAAGGACUUGGAUUUCUGGAGAAACCGCGCCAAACUACCCCAGACUACCUCACAGGCUGCACGGACCCCUUUGAGCGAGAAUAUAAAUCUGGUCGAAGUGAAAAUGAUGUUCCUAGUACCCCAGACGAUCUCGUUGAAGCCUUCAACAAGUCCGAAAUCUCAGCACGUUUGGGUGAAGAAAUGACCGUCUACUACGCCAGCAUGGCCGAGGAGAAGCACAUCUAUGACGAUUUUGAAGUCGCAGUCAAAGAGAGCAAGCGCCAUGCUUCUAAGAAGUCCGUUUAUUCGAUUCCGUUCUAUCUUCAAGUGUGGGCCAUUGCCAAGCGUCAAUUCCUGCUUAAAUGGCAGGAUAAAUUUUCGUUAGUCGUGUCCUGGAUCACUAGUAUCGUUAUCGCCAUUGUCACUGGUACUGUUUGGUUAGACCUUCCUAAAACUUCGGAUGGAGCUUUCACACGUGGCGGCGUCCUGUUCAUCGCACUCUUAUUCAACGCAUUCCAAGCCUUCUCCGAGUUGGCAUCUACCAUGUUGGGCCGUCCAAUCGUCAACAAACACCGAGCCUUCACUUUCCAUCGCCCGUCAGCUCUAUGGAUAGCUCAGAUCGGUGUCGAUCUUCUCUUUUCGUCGGUGCAAAUCAUGGUUUUCAGUAUCAUCGUAUACUUUAUGACUGGCCUUGUCCGAGACGCUGGAGCUUUCUUCACAUUCGUAUUAAUGAUUAUCACUGGGUACUUGGCCAUGACGCUGUUCUUUCGAACUGUAGGUUGCCUCUGUCCUGACUUCGACGUAGCAAUUCGUCUCGCAGCCACUAUCAUUACGCUUUUUGUGUUGACGUCUGGAUAUCUCAUUCAAUGGCAGUCAGAACAGGUCUGGCUAAGAUGGAUAUUCUACAUCAACGCUCUAGGUCUGGGCUUCUCGGCCUUGAUGAUGAAUGAAUUCAGUCGACUCGAUUUGACCUGCGCAGGAUCUUCGCUUAUUCCCUCUGGUUCCGAUUAUGGCGAUAUCAACCACCAGGUCUGCACACUGCCUGGUAGUCAUGCAGGGUCCACCGCUGUUUCCGGAACCGACUACAUCAAGCUGAGCUUCUCAUACGAUCCAAAAGACCUCUGGCGAAACUGGGGAAUUAUUGUGGUGUUGAUCGUCGCCUUCCUUCUCGCUAAUGCGUUCCUCGGAGAAUACGUCAAAUGGGGCGCGGGAGGUCGAACCGUCACCUACUUCGUCAAGGAGGACAAUGAACUCAAACGACUCAACGCAAAUCUUCAAGAGAAGAGGGAGAAACGAAACCGGAAGGAGGAGGAUACGGACGCAAGCUCUGGCCUGAAAAUCGCCUCUAAGGCGGUGCUUACUUGGGAAGAUCUUUGUUACGACGUUCCUAUCCCCGGAGGUGACCUGAGAUUGCUGAAGAGCAUAUACGGAUUCGUUAAGCCGGGGCAACUUACGGCACUUAUGGGGGCUUCCGGUGCCGGGAAAACUACACUUCUCGAUGUGCUCGCCGCGAGAAAGAACAUCGGCGUAAUCACGGGUGACAAACUCGUUGAUGGCAAGUCACCGGGCAUUGCAUUCCAGCGAGGCACGUCAUACGCCGAACAGCUCGAUGUCCACGAACCUGCAACAACCGUCCGCGAAGCCCUCCGAUUCUCGGCAGACCUGCGUCAGCCCUACGAGACACCCCAAGAGGAAAAGUAUGCAUAUGUUGAAGAAGUUAUAUCGCUUUUAGAAAUGGAGGACAUGGCUGAUGCCAUUAUUGGCGAGCCAGAGACUGGUUUAGCUGUCGAGCAACGUAAACGCGUGACCAUUGGUGUUGAACUCGCCGCAAAGCCCGAGCUCCUUCUCUUCUUAGAUGAACCUACUUCUGGCCUCGACUCUCAGAGCGCGUUCAACAUCGUCCGUUUCCUCCGGAAGCUCGCUGCCGCUGGGCAAGCGAUUCUGUGCACCAUCCAUCAACCUAACUCGGCACUGUUUGAGAACUUUGACCGCCUGCUUCUUCUCCAACGAGGUGGCCAGUGCGUGUACUUCGGCGACAUUGGAAAGGAUGCACAUGUUCUCCUUGACUAUUUCCACCGUCAUGGCGCAGACUGUCCCCCCAAGGCCAACCCUGCAGAAUGGAUGCUCGAUGCCAUAGGGGCCGGCCAAGCUCCUCGAAUCGGAAGGCGCGACUGGGGAGAUGUUUGGUCGGACUCUGAGGAAUUUGCGCAAGUAAAGCGAGAGAUCGCUCACAUCAAAGAAACUCGAAUAGCUGAAGUCGGAUCCGCAGAGCCCGUCGAACAGAAAGAAUACGCCACACCCUUGUGGCACCAAGUCAAGCUUGUCAACAAACGCAUGAACCUGUCCUUCUGGCGCACCCCCAACUAUGGCUUCACACGUCUCUUCAACCACGUCAUCAUCGCUUUGCUGACAGGGUUGAUGUACCUCCAACUCGACGACUCGCGCUCCUCGCUCCAAUACCGCGUCUUCAUCAUCUUCCAAGUCACCGUUCUCCCAGCCCUCAUUCUCGCGCAAGUCGAACCUAAGUAUGCCAUCGCCCGUAUGAUCUCGUACCGGGAGCAAAUGUCCAAAGCCUAUAAAACCUUCCCCUUCGCGCUCUCUAUGGUUGUCGCCGAAAUGCCGUAUAGCAUUCUCUGUGCUGUUUUCUUCUUCCUCCCACUAUACUACAUCCCUGGCCUCAAUCCCGCGAGUUCGCGCGCUGGAUACCAAUUCUUCAUCAUCCUCAUUACCGAAAUCUUCUCCGUAACUCUAGGUCAGAUGAUCGCUGCCUGCACGCCCAGUCCGUUUAUCUCCUCCCUUUGCAACCCCUUCGUCAUCAUCAUCUUCGCGCUCUUCUGCGGCGUCACGAUUCCGAAACCGCAGAUUCCUGGGUUCUGGCGUGCCUGGCUGUAUCAACUUAAUCCAUUCACUCGUCUAAUUGGCGGCAUGAUUGUUACUGAACUUCACGAUCUCCCUGUACACUGCACGGAUAUGGAAUACAACUCUUUCACCGCUCCAGAAGGACAAGAUUGCGGGUCGUACAUGAAACAAUUUUUCUCCAACGGGGCACCCGGAUAUCUUGCUAAUAAUGCGACGGAACUUUGCCAGUACUGUGCUUACAAAAUCGGGGACCAAUUUUAUGAACCCCUUGGGUAUAAUUUUAGCCAUCGGUGGAGGGAUUUUGGAAUAUUCGCUGCAUUUAUUGGGAGUAAUUUGAUUAUACUCUUCUUAGCCGCUCGUUAUCUUAACUUUAAUCGUCGCUAA